UUUUUAAAAAAAAUUUUUGUAGAGACAGGGUCUUGCUAUGUGGCCCAAGCUGGGCUUGAACUGGCCUCAAGUGAUCCUCCUGCCUUGGCUUCCCAUAGUGCUGGAAUUACAAGUGUGAGCCACCAUGCCUGGCCUAGACUGAGACGCGGGCACCCAGCACCGCACCUGGGCCCACUUCAUCCAGAUCAUGAAGGUGGAGGAGACUGCAGCCAGCAAGUGCAACUGGCCAGCAGUCACACAGCUCCAUGACUCCAAGGUUGAGUUCCUGCUGCCUCACUGGGUCCUCUGUGGCCAGCAACAAGCCACGUGUCACCACCAAGAGGCCCGACAUCUUACAGGUGAAG